UAUCGUAUCGGCGUGGAUGUUGGUGGUACAAACACCGACGCAGCUCUUGCGGCCGCCAUCUUUCACAAUGGUGAUCAACAACCCAAGGUCAAAAUCGUCGGUAGCAGCAAAAGCCCAACCACAUCAGAUGUUACCACUGGUAUCUGCUCAGCAAUCCGAGACCUGUUAAGCACGAACAGGAUCGCGGCGCCAAACAUUUUGUCCAUCAACAUCGGAACCACCCAUUUUGUCAAUGCCAUUGUCCAAGCCGAUCAGCAAAAGCUGGCACCAGUUGCGGUCUUGAGACUCUGCGGUCCAUUUUGUCGCGAGGUUCCUCCUUUUGUCGACUUUCCGAGGGAGCUCAGAGAGGUCGUUGAAGGUCCGGUUGGGUAUUUGAAUGGUGGACUUGAAAUUGACGGACGUGUCAUCGCAAGCAUUGACGAAGACGAAGUCAUCCGACACGCGCACGCCAUUGUUGACGCCGGGAUCUCAACGGUCGUCGUCAACGGUGUCUUUUCACCUCUCGAUUCUUCUCCAGUAACCCAAGAAGAACAAGUUCGGAAGAUUCUCGAACGCCACAUCCCAAGGGUCGACGUCGUAUGCUCACGAGACAUUGGUCGAGUUGGUUAUCUCGAAAGAGAGAACGCUGCGAUAUUGAACGCCGCUAUCCUUGCGUUUGGUCGAAUGACCAUAUCGCGCUUCCAGAAGGCUGUAGAGGAUCUGGGUAUUGAUUGCCCACUAUAUCUCACUCAAAAUGACGGAACAGUCUUGGAUGCACAUUCAGCCUCGCUGGCACCGAUCAGAACGUUCUCAUCCGGAGCCACAAACUCGCUGAUUGGGGCCUUGUUCUUGUCCGGAAUCCAUGAGGCGGGUUCCGAGAUAAACUUGAAGGAAUGUCAAGUCAUCAUGUGUGACAUAGGAGGGACCACUUCUGACUUUGCCGCCCUGUCUCUGUCCGGUCUUCCACGGGAGUCGCCAGCUACAGUCAAAAUUGGUGGAGUCCGUACUGCCUUCAGCAUGCCCGAAGUGCUUAGCAUCGGUCUUGGUGGUGGAUCCGAAGUACGAGAGGACGAAGACGGCAUUGUCAAGGUCGGCCCAAUAUCUGUUGGUCAUCUGCUGUUGGAAAAGAGCAGAUGCUUUGGUGGCUCGACUCUAACCGCCACGGACGUUGUGGUUGCGUCAGGAGGAAAGGAUAAAGUCACCAUGGCGGUCGCGAAAGUUCAAGAUGUCUCAGACGAAGUGGUUCAGAAAGGUCGUCAGAACAUCAGGAAGCAGCUUGAACGCGGAGUGGACAUCAUGAAGACAUCAGACGCUCCCGUCGUUCUGCUUCUGGUGGGAGGAGGAUCGAUCAUUCUGAUGGAUGAUCUAGAGAAUGUGGAGAAAUGCAUCAGGCCACAGUUCUCCGAUGUUGCAAACGCUGUCGGUGCUGCGAUAGCAAAGAUCUCUGGAGACGUUGACAGCAUAAUUAUACCUGGUCAGAAGACUCAUGAGGAGAUCAAGAACAACAUCAGCGCAAGAGCAACAGAUAUUGCGAUCACAAACGGCGCACAACCAGGCACGGUAGAGAUAUUGGACCUUGAUCUCAUUCCGAUUCAGUACACCAACAACGGGGCAGUAAGGGCGAUCGCCAAAGGCGUUGGCGACCUCGGCUGGGACAGAAGACCACGGCGAUCACUGGUGUUGACUUCCAUCGAGGCCGAGGGUAACGUCAAUCGUGCAACGCGGCCAAGUAUGAACAAAUCGAUUUCGAUCCUGCCGGCCGUUGACAUCGACAUUGUGUCAUACAGACCAAAAGUAUCGAAAGCGACCGGAGAGUGGUUUAUAUCACCUACUGAUCUUCUCUUCAUCUUGGAGGGCACAGGCAUUCUUGGAACCGGUUUCUCUACCGGUGGUGGUGGGUCGGGCUAUACUGCGUACCUCAACUCGCUUUAUGCUCUGUCGCUAGCCGAACAAGGCAAGAUGCGAGUCAUCGAUCCUGGCGUCCUCAAGCGGAACGACAAAAUAGCAACAGUCGCUUACGUCGGUGCACCCUCGGUCUCGAACGAGCGCCUGAUUGGUGACAGCGAGCUGCAAUAUGCGACCGAAGCUUUGGCGAAGUACGAACAAAUUGAUGGCUGGGCAGGCGUGCUUGCCGCAGAAAUUGGUGGUUCGAACGGAAUGCGCACAUUCACUAUGGCAGCUGCGAUGGACAUACCCGUCAUUGAUGCUGAUACGAUGGGCCGUGCUUUCCCGAGAGUUGACAUGUCGCUGCCAUACGUAUUCAAAGCUGCAACGCCUGUACCGUCAGUGGUGAGUGAGGCAAGAGGAAAUGUGCAAAUCGUCGCACAGGCGGAAAACGCGACAAGGUUUGAGAAUAUGGUCAGAACCAUCAGCGUGGAAUUAGGGCUGUAUACGGCCAUGGCCCUGAUAUUGUCUGGCUCCGUCAUCGAGAAGUAUUGCUGUCACCGCUCACUCUCGGCUUCCUGGUUCAUUGGGAGGGCAGUUUGCAUGGCGCGGGCUCUGAAGAUGGACGUCGUUGAGUCGUUGGUCGCAGACAUCCCUGGUGGGAGGAAACUGUAUUCCGGCAAGAUCAUUAACGUGUCGAGGACUGUCAAAGGUGGUUGGACGAUCGGCACCGCCACACUAAGUCUCGACGACGAGGUGAAAGCUGCCAUGUCUGAGGAUAGAACAAGCUCGAUGGACGAGAGGCCACUCGUCCUCCAGUACCAGAACGAGUUUCUCUACGCCGCACUGCAAAAUCAGGACUCCUCUCUGGAAGCCCUGUGUACGACUCCUGAUCUCAUUACCGUACUUGACCAGAAUGGGACGGCUAUUGGAACGCAUGAACUGCGGUACGGACUGCGGGUCAGUGUGAUCUCUAUGCCGGCAGACCCGUUAUGGAAGACGCCUGAGGGAAUGAAAGCCGGCGGCCCAGAUGCUUUUGGUAUCGACAUGGAGUACAAAGAAUAUGGCGCAGAAUGGAAGAAGCCUAGAUCUGUCAUUGCGGAGUUCGGGGUGUGAUACAUCAUCACCUGAGGUGUUUCCGUACACUGAGAGGCAAACGUGCACUCUUUCGAAGUUGAAGCCUUGCAGAUUAUGAAUCAAAGUU